ACACCAUAGCUCGUCCUCACUUCUUUCAGACUGUCAAGAGAAAAACUUCAACAACAUUCUGUGCUGUAAUCCGCAUAAUUGCAUAUCGACUCCAGAAAAUGGAAUCAAGGAAAGUAGUGAAUUUUUCACCCGGGCCUGCAAAACUACCCGAAGAGGUAUUAGACCGAGCCCAGAAAGAAUUUUUAAACUACAACAAUACAGGUGUUAGUGUAAUGGAAUUAAGUCACAGGUCAUCAGAUUUUACAAAGAUUAUUGGUAAUGCAGAAAAAGAUUUGAGGGACUUAUUAGAUAUUCCUGAUAACUAUAAAGUGAUAUUUGUUCAAGGCGGUGGAACUGGACAGUUCUCAGCAGUUCCUUUAAAUCUGAUAGACUUGAAGGAAGGUGCAACAGCCGAUUAUAUUGUUACUGGAAGUUGGUCGGCUAAAUCUGCAAAAGAAGCAGAGAAAUAUGGCAAAAUUAACAGAGUAUUACCUAAAACUGAUAAAUAUACAGUUAUACCAGAUCAGUCACAGUGGAAAUUAAACCCAGAUGCAUCCUAUGUUUAUUACUGUUCUAAUGAAACAAUACAUGGUGUUGAGUUCCAGUUUGUACCAGAAACUAAUGGUGUACCUCUUGUCUGUGAUAUGUCUUCUAAUAUACUCUCUAAACAUAUCAAUAUCUCAAAAUUUGGUUUAAUAUUUGCCGGUGCACAGAAAAAUAUUGGUUGUGCUGGUGCUACAUUAGUUAUUAUACGUGAAGAUCUGAUUGGGUUUGCUGAUCCUGUUUGUCCUAUUUUAAUGGACUAUAAGACACAAGUUGGCAAUAACUCAGUUUAUAAUACUCCACCUACUUACAGCAUUUAUAUAAUGGGCUUAGUAUUUCAAUGGAUCAAAGAACAGGGUGGUGUUCAUCAAAUGGAAUUAAAUUCCAAGAAGAAAUCAAGUUUACUAUAUGAUAUUAUUGAUAAUUCUAAUGGAUUUUAUCAGUGUCCAAUUGAAAGGGACAGUAGAAGUCGUAUGAAUAUAACAUUUAGAAUAGGUGUAAAUGAAGAAGAUGAAGCAUUAGAAAAACGAUUUAUUGAAGAAGCUCAUCAGAGUGGGUUAAUUUCAUUGAAGGGUCAUAGAUCUGUUGGUGGUAUCAGAGUAUCAGUAUAUAAUGCUGUACAUGUACACGAAGCUGAAAGACUGGUAGAUUUUAUGAGAGAUUUUCAAAGAGCCAACCAGUAAGAUGCCAUGCGUAACUGGGUUAAGACUGUUAGUAAUUAUUAUGUUUUAAAAAUGUAAAUACAACAUGUUGUACAUUCAGUUUGUUUAUGUUCUAGCUUUAAGCUUUGUACAUUAUGUAAAUAUUCUAGUUUUAAGCAUUGUACAUUAUGUUAUGUAAAUAACUGUUGAUACUCAUUUUAACAAAAUAAAUCAUUUUUACUGUU